GCGUGUCCCAGGCUGGUCUGCCCGCUGCACUGCCGUGGUAUGGUGCGGGAGGAAAGGAGGCGGCGUGAUUAAAGAAAGAAGGCACGGAGAAUGAAGAGGAGUAAGGCCAAAGCUCCCCGCCCCAGGGACAGGAUGCUAGUAACGGCCUAGUCGGAGAGGAUUGAAGCUCUAUUAAAAUCAUGGGGAGGAGGAGGAGGAGGAAGGAAAAUUCUCUGUGAACACCCUAAAUUGGCAAGAUUUUUGAGAGAACGUGGAACCUGUAAUGAUGGAAGAAAUCAAUCAGAAGAAAUCAACUGAGGUGAUACCAUGAGCUCCCCGAAUCCAACUACGCCCAGCGAUGCCCUCUUCCCAAAUCCAACGACUCAGGAAAACUGGUGUCCCUCAACCUGCACCUUCCCCCAUUCCACUGCCCAACAUAUCAGCCACCGAGCCAACAAUUACAAGCGACACCCCAAGAGAAGAAAGUUAAUCCGACCUUCCCCACCACCCCCUCCCAAUACUCCAAUUCCCAUUGAGCUUCUUGACUUCAGUGACAUCCCGCUGCGACACUCCUUCUGGAAGCUACUUUUUAACGGAUGCAUUCUCUUUGGGAUUGAGUUCAGCUAUGCAAUGGAGACAGCCUAUGUCACCCCCAUCCUCCUCCAGAUGGGUCUACCAGAUGAACUGUAUGGCAUGGUUUGGUUCAUUAGUCCCAUAUUAGGUUUCCUGGUUCAGCCAGUGCUGGGUGCCUGGAGUGAUAGUUGCUCCUCUCGUUUUGGCCGGCGCAGACCCUUCAUACUGGUGCUGGCUAUUGGUGCACUGAUUGGCCUCUCGAUGCUGCUGAAUGGCAGGGACAUGGGCCUUGCAAUCGCUGACACAGUCUCCAAUCACAAAUGGGGCAUCAUCCUGACCAUCUGUGGCGUCGUGCUGAUGGACUUCAGCGCCGACUCGGCGGACAAUCCGACCCAUACCUACAUGAUGGACGUCUGCUGCCCGGAGGAUCAGGACCGAGGCCUGAACAUCCACGCACUUCUGGCAGGUCUGGGAGGCGGGUUCGGUUACGUCAUUGGUGGGAUCAAAUGGGACCAGACAAAUUUUGGAAAAGCUUUAGGAGGUCAGCUCCGGGUUGUCUACAUUUUCACAGCAAUAACGCUGACCGUCACGGCUGUCUUGACACUGACAAGUAUUCCAGAGAAGCCACUGAACGCACAGGGCAAAAGGAAAAAAGUGAUGAAAAGCCCCAGCCUUGCUCUACCUCCCUCUCCACCAAUGGCUUUUGAUGAGGACAGAGACCAGACCAAUACCCACACUGUCACACAGGUCUACAAUGGUAUGACCAGCCCUAUUUCCCCACAGAGCCCCCUCACCCCAAAGUAUGGGAGCUUUAUGAGCCGGGACAGUUCUCUGACUGGCAUUAACGAAUUUGCUUCAUCAUAUGGGACUUCUUAUAUAGACUCAGUGCUGAUCGACUGCUACACAGGAGCCAACGAUCAAUACCUCAGCAUGCCCAGGCAUGCCCUGAGCUCCAGUCUUCCCCAGAUACCCGACGAGGCAGAAAAUGAGGAGACAGGGUCUCCAACGGUCGCUGAGAAUCCCGAGAGCCUACAGGCUGAUGCUGCACGAAAUUCAACGUCGGGAAUUCUCAAAAGGCCGGAGACCUUGAGUAUUCCGAACAGUUACCUGGCAAAUGGCGGCGACAGCAGUCGGAGGAGAACGGUGACUUUCAGUCAGCAGGUUGCAAACAUCCUGCUGAACGGCGUGAAAUACGAGACUGACUUGAAUAGCUCAGGAGAAUUAUCCGAGAGGCCGCUCUCCACAUCCGUCUUGUUCUCAUCAAUUUGUCAGAUGCCUAAACCGCUGCGGAAUCUGUGUGUCAAUCACUUCCUAGGAUGGCUGUCCUUUGAAGGCAUGCUGCUUUUUUACACAGACUUCAUGGGGGAGGUAGUGUACGGGGGGGAUCCCAAAGCACCUCUCGACUCGGAGGCAUUCCAGAAGUACAACACCGGAGUGAGCGUGGGCUGCUGGGGAAUGUGUAUCUAUGCGUUCAGCGCUGCUCUGUAUUCAGCACUGUUGGAGAAGCUUGAAGAGUACUUCAGUAUCCGAACUCUCUACUUCUUUGGCUACCUAUGCUUUGGAAUUGGCACUGGCAUUGCCACACUGUCCCGGAACAGUUAUGUUCUUUUGUCACUUUGCGUUACAUAUGGGGUCCUGUUUUCUUCACUCUGCACUCUGCCCUACUCGCUGCUGUGCGAAUACUACCAGAGCAAAAAGUUUGUAGGACCACAUGCGAAUGGGACUAAACGAGGGAUGGGCGUAGACAUUUCACUCCUGAGCUGUCAAUACUUCCUGGCGCAGAUCAUCGUUUCCAUUGUAAUGGGCCCACUAACAUCAGUGGUUGGCAGUGCCAGUGGGGUGAUGUACUUUGCCAGUCUGACCUCUUUCGUCGGGUGCUUGUACUCUUCUUUGUUUGUUAUUUAUGAGAUCCCUCCUGAUGAGGAAGGUGAGGAGCACACUCCACUCCUCGUGGACAACUGACAGUAGGAGUUCCAGAUACAAACCAUUCAAGGAAUUUACUGCUGAGGUAUCCAGCUGAAGGUUUGCAUUUUUCCAAGAUCUCCACAAUCCAAAUCUCCAUUGCACAAAAAGAAUUGGGAGUGAUGGACUAAUUUCUUUUUUUAUUGGUGCCAGACCCUCUGGAAUAUAAAUGCAUAAAUAUAUAUGUAAUACAAAUAUUACAAAUGAGAAUUAAUUAAUUAGUGCCAGUGAUAUGCAUGGGAAUGGGAUACAAGUAAUAUGUCUCCACUUCACUCAGACUUGAAUGACAGCUAGUGUGGGUCCCUAGACACGGAUUGUGGUUACGUAAGAUAUAAUACCAACAGGUAGUCAACAAGAGUUGAAGUAGCCAUGCAUCCAAGAUUAUUUCCAGCAUUAUGGCCUGUUCAACCACAUAAGAUGUUCCCUAAGUCAAGGCCCUAUCCCAUGUGUUGACAAGGGCCGGUAAUAGGAUAGAGUUGAUAAACUGUGAGUGUGAAAUAUUUUCUUUUGAAUAGUUCAUCAUCUUCACAUGAGGCACUGCAUUUUAAUACUGCAUUCAUAACCUCCCAGCCUACAGUUCUUGUGAACCUCAAUCAGUAUAGGAGAUUCCUUAUCCUAUGUAAGAUAGAGAAGGUAGGUUAAUGAGACAAUUAAUUCAGAAUGAGGUGAGGGUGGGCCAGUGAUUUACUAAAGGAGAUGACAGUUCCAGGUUCCAUCUCUGAUCUUGGCUUAUAGGCAACAGUGAGUAUUGUUCAUUGCAAUUUGAGUCAGGGAAAGAGAAGCUAAGCCAUUGUCCCAAUUUAAAGAUCACAAUCCAUAGUGCUGGUGCUGGACAAUGGUCAUGCUUGGAACUUGAGUAAGGAUAGAAUAAGGGUGCUUGUUGUCUGUGGCCAACCAGGUUGUUAGCACCUUGCUUGUUUCACAAGGUGCUUGCUAAUCCUUUCGACCACCAUUGACUUUCUGAGUGGUGUCUCAAGGGAUCAUCAAACAAUGUACCCAGGAGAGGGGUUCACAGGGAUUUAUUGCCCCACUUGCCUCCUCUGCUGAAGAAAUCUUACAGUUAAAUAAAUUGUGUUAAUUCAAUGCAUGAACCCAGUGACAGUUCACUAAGAGGCAAGUAACGUACAGACGCGCAUGGGUUCAUGCAUUUGUGCUGUUUCUCAGGGCAGGUUUGUUAUUGGUUUAUUAUUGUCACAUGCACCAAGAUACAGUGAAAUGUCUUGUUCUUACAGAUCAGAUCAUUACACAGUGCAUUGGGGAAGAACAAGGUAAAACUAUGACAAUGCAGAAUAAAGUGUAACAGCUACAGAGAAGUAGCAAGGUCACAAUGAGGUCAAUUGUGAGGUCAGAGGUGCACCUUAUUGUACAAGAGGUCUGAUAAUAGUGGGAUAGAAACUGCCUUUGAGCCUGGUGGUUGAUAAUUUCAGGCUUAUUGUUUCUUUUGCCCGAUUGGAGAGGCAGAACAAGAUCUGGGGUGGGUAGGGUCUUUGAUCAUGCUGGGUGCUUUACUGAGGCAGAAAGAAUGUUUAAUACACACCAAAGUUCCCUCAGCUCUGCUCUAUCACAAGGCAAAUACACAUAUUAAAUGAGGUAAGUAAUGGGAUGAAUUGUGCAUUCCUUAACUCAGCCCUUUUUAUGACUCUGUUGCCUCUCUCUGAAGUCACAAAAUGAACUUCUUAAUCACAGAGAAGCUUCAUCUAGUAUUGCAGUGUAUGGUGGCAUCCAACCCUGGCACUAGUUAAUUAGUUUUUGUUAAAAUUUCCACUCAUUAGUGUGGCACUAUAGUUAGCUUUUUAACAUUAACUUGUGCUCACUAACAACUUGGGCAAACCUUCUCCAAACCUUUUUGGGAUCUUUGGAGCUGAGACCAAAAAGAGACAUCAGCAUUCUUUAGAUAGCAAUAUAAUUUUUAAAAAAGAAUUCGGAGAAAGUCAGGCAGCCAGCUCUGCUACUCAGACAGAUCGUGGCUGAUCCAGCACCACUCAUGGCUUUAACACCACUUUCCCAAUAUUUCUCCUUAUCACUUGAGUCCCUUGUAAUACAAAAAUCUGUCAAUCUUGAUUAGCUCUGGGUUUAGAAUAAAUUGUAAAGAGCCAAAAGACAUAGGAGCAAAAUUAGGCCAUUCAGCCCAUCGAGUCUGCUCCACCAUUCCAUCAUGGCUGACCCCGGAUCCCACUCAAUACACCUGUCUUCUCGCCAUAUCCUUUGAUGCCUGACCGAUCAGGAAAUGAUUAACUUCCGCCUUAAGUAUCCGCUCAGCCUUGGCCUCCACCGCAGACUGUGGCAGAGCAUUCCACAGAUUUACUAGUCUCUGGCUAAAAUAAUUCCUCCUUACCUCUGUUCUAAAGGCUCACACCUCAAUUUUGAGGCUGUGCCUUCUUUUUCUAGAUUCCCCCAUCAUAAAAAACAUUAUCUCCACAUCCACCCUAUUUAGUCCUUUCAACAUUCAAUGAGGUCCCCCCCCUCCCACACACACACACACAUUUUUCUAAAUUCCGGUGAGUACAGGCCCAAAGCUGCUAAGCAUGCCUCAUGUGUUAACCCCUUCAUUCCCGGAAUCAUAACCCUCAUAGAAAUGAACAGCAUCACAUUUUUCCACUUAAUAUUCCCUCUGUCAGCCUCACCUAACCUUUCUACAUAACUCUUUAGCCCUGAACAAAUAGAAGCUUGAAUCCUAAAAGUCACUGCUUCAUAAAAUACACAAGUCACUGCUUUAUCUGGAAUGUCUUGAUGUUGAGAGCUGUAUAAAUGCAAGUCUUUUACACUAACAAGCUUCCCAAUUAUGUGGAAACAGGUAAUUAAGUCUUGGACACUUGGAUUAGGUUAGCAUGCCAAUAUUAAACAUCUUCCCAUAAAACCAUUUUAGGGGAGGAGGAAGGACACACAUUCUUUAUUACGUGAUGGGUAAAUAUGAAAAUGUUGUCACUGAAGCAAAGAAUAAUACUCAGUAGGAGUCAUCAGAAUGUUCCAAAUGAAUGCCACUGACCUGAACAUUAACUCUGAUUAACAUCUUCGAUGUUUCAUUUUUAUUUCUGACUUCCAGAAUCCACGAUAACUUCUAUUGCAAAGAUAGAAGAGCCUUGUCAAAUUGACUGUGAUUGUUAACGGAUUGUGUUGGUGGAGUGAAGUCACUGAAGGGAACAGGGCAACAGGGGCAUUAAUUAGCUCAGCAAAACCAUCUUUUAACCAAAUCAAUCCCACAAUUUGAGUAGGGAAGGAAAAAAUGUUUAUAACUAUAUUAAUCUUUACUCCGACUGCUAGAUAAGAACCCAUUUCACUUGUAAAUGAUUGUUAACUUGAAUAUGAAUGACACAGUAAGGGCCUUGGUUAAAAUGAGAUUAAAUAGGUCCUUAUAUGCUGCUCUUCUGAGUCACUUAUUUAAUUAUACUGAAACACAAGAGAUUCUGCUGAUGCUGGAAAUCUAUUACAUUAAUCAGGAUCAGUCAACAAGUCCAGUGACCUCAACUAGUUCUCCAGCUUUGAGUGACAGUUUACAUCAGUGUCUUUGGGAUAGUGGUAGAGUCACUGAAGGUCUUUUCUCCAGGUUAUCCUCAGGUUGGACUGAGGAGCUUGGGUUGAGAACAUGAGAAGGUUGGAAGUUAUCCUUUCCGUGGAAUAGGUUUCCCCUCCCUAAACUUUUUGAAUCAUGUUUUCUUCAGCCUGGAGCAGGUUAAGGAUCUCUGGUGUCUUUGCCCUGAGAUUGUCUUUCAGUACACAUAACGCAGUUUAACCCAUUUCCUCUUCAGCAAUGUUAAUGCUCAGCACCAGAGGGAGCCACAGGUACAUCUCUCUGGCUACUGUGUGUUCCAAUCAGCUCAUCCACUCGCUCUUCCGAUUGACUAAUCGCAAACAACUAGCCAAGAUUAGCCUACGUACGAUUAACAAAAUGCACCAGGUGAUGGAGCCAGAAGAUAACAUUACUAACUUAGGAAAGAAAAGGAAGGUGGGGAAAGGAGAAGAUGGUGGAGUCUGAUGUAGCAUUGCUUCCUACACAUAUAAUUUCAGUUUCAUUUUCCCUAA